ACAAAAAUAUCAAAUCAAGAUAACGUUUGAUCAUACUUAAAUCCUUAACAAUGGAGUUCGUGAAAGGAGAUCAAGUUGAAGUCUGCAGCAAAGAAGACGGCUUCUUGGGGUCUUACUUCGGUGCCACAGUACUGUCGAAGACUCCGGAGGGAUCUUACUACAAGGUUAAGUACAAGAAUCUUGUGUCGGAGAAGGAUCAAUCUAAGCCGUUAAUAGAAGUCAUCUCAGCCGACGAACUCCGUCCGAUGCCUCCCAAAUCUCUCCCCGUAAUGUUUCGCUACCAAGAAAAGGUCGAUGCUUUAGACAAAGACGGAUGGUGGGUCGGAGAGGUCACCGCUGUGAGAGGCAACAUGUACUCUGUUUACUUUUCGACGACCGGCGAGGAGCUCCAGUACCCGCUUUACUCUCUGAGAAGGCAUCUCGAAUGGGUUAACGGAGACUGGGUUUCUUCUGCAAGAAGGCAAUAAUAACGUUCUUAAAUUAGGGUUCUAUUCUAUCAUCGUUAUUCUUUUUUAUUCUUGCAAUGUUUCUUAUUGUGCUCUUUAAAAUUCUAGGGUUUGGUUUUCAGAGAUGCUGUUGCUCUGUUUCUUUUUGGUUUCUCGCUUAAAUUAGGUAGCGUGACUGCCAAGCACUAA